AUGGCGUCACCCCCCGCGGUGGCAUCACCCGUUUUCUCUGCAGACAAAGUCCCCGCAAGGCUCGUCGUGGUGGGCAGCGGCAUCGGGGGCCUGGGGGCCGCUGUGCUCCUGGCCAAGGUGGGCAAGCGGGUGCUGGUGCUGGAGCAGCACGGGAAGCUGGGGGGCUGCUGUCACACCUUCACCGAGAAGGGCUUCGAGUUCGACACCGGGAUCCACUACGUGGGGCAGAUGCACGAGGGCUCCCUCAUGAAGUUCGUGGUGGACCAGCUCACCGAGGGGCAGCUGCAGUGGGCUCGGCUGCCCGACCCCUACGACGUCGUGAUUUUGGGGGAGCCCGGCAGCGCGCGGCCGUACCGCAUCCACAGCGGGAAGGAGGAAUGUUUCCGGAUCCUGAAGGAGCAGUUUCCUGGGGAAGGGGCGGCUAUCGAGGAGUUCAAGCGGCUGGUGAAGAGCGUGAGCCGCGGGGCGGUGCUGAUGGGGGUCCUGAAGAGCCUCCCCCGGGCGCUGAUCGUGCUCCUCUGCCGCUCGGGGCUGCUCUCGCGCCUCAGCCCCUUCUGCCGCAUGGCGUCGCGCAGCGUCAAGGAGGUGGUGGACGAGCUCACCGCCAACCCCCAGCUCCGGGCCGUCUUCAGCUACAUCUUCCCCACCUACGGCUCGCCCCCCUCCAAGGCCAGCUUCAGCAUGCACAGCAUCCUGGUGGACCACUUCCUCUGCGGCGCGUGGUACCCCAGUGGGGGGUCCGGUGAAAUCGCCUUCCACAUCAUCCCCAUCAUCCGCAAAGCCGGAGGCAACGUUUUGGGAAAGGCUCCGGUGGAGAGGAUCCUGCUGGAUCCCCAGGGCAAAGCCUGCGGCGUGAGCGUCAGGAAAGGCCAAGAUUUGGUGGACAUCUUCGCUCCCAUCAUCAUUUCGGACGCCGGGUUUUUCAACACCUAUGAACGGCUCCUGCCGCCGGAGACGCGGGCUUUGCCGG